CAUCAAUAUAGACCAGCAGAUUAAGAAGUACAUUGACAGUGCAUGCCAAGCAACCACGGCAGUCCUCAUAGAAAAAGUAAAAGAACUGAUAAACCAGCAAAAUGAAAACCAGAAACAUUGGAAUGAGCAAAUACAAACCACAAUAAACGAACGUCUUAAUAAACUGGAACAAGUUGGAUUAAUGGAUGGUGAACCAGAUCUUAAUAACAACCAACCUACAGAAGAAAAGCAGAGCAAUCUCACAAUACCUAUAACAAUAUGUUCAUCUGCAGAAACAAGAAAUGACAUUAUUCAAGAUAAUUAUCCACCCACUUCUACAAUCAACAGAAGGAUAGUAAAUCUGACAACACAAGACACUGCAUUCAAUGCAGAUAAUGUACUGUCAAUAAUAAGACACAAGGCUCAUAAAUAUCAAUCAAUAGAUUACUUACCAAUAAAACAGUUCUAA